GUGUGUGUGCGCGCGCGCGCGCGCGCAGCGGGCAGGUCCACGCGGUGAGGGGUGUGUCAUUAAUAAGUAAUUAGACAGGGGUCACACUAGCCACUUAUAUAAAGAGACCCUCACAGCCAGGCAGGGCAGCUUUACGCGCACACAGUUUGGAGCAGAAGGACGCACAUGUGAGGAGCAGCUCUGGGUGUCCACCACCACCUCUUCUACUCUUUUCUGUUUCUUCUUUUUUAUCGCCCCACUUUGCAGCUGUUCGUCAUUUCAGGUUUUUUUUUAUUUUUGCAACAUGGGCUCCGUGCUACCCGCAGACGCUUUGGCUCUCAAGUCUGGAUUUAAGUGUCCGAGCCGCGCGCUGUCAGACGUGAUCACCUCGGACAUCCUGCACAGCUUCCUUUACGGCAGGUGGAGGAACGUGCUGGGCGAACACCUGGCGGAGGAGCGGCAGAGCGGCAGCGGCUGCAGCCCCAAGACCGCCUUCACCGCCGAGGUGCUGGCUCAGUCCUUCGCCGGAGAGGUGCAGAAGCUGUCCAGCCUGGUGUUACCCAGUGAGGUGAUCAUCGCGCAGAGCUCCAUCCCUGGAGAAGGUCUGGGCAUCUUCUCCAAGACCUGGAUCAAAGCAGGCACCGAGAUGGGCCCUUUCACAGGCAGAGUCCUGUCCCCUGAACACGUGGACCUGCUCAAGAAUAACAACCUAAUGUGGGAGGUGUUCAAUGAGGACGGCACGGUGCGUUACUUCAUCGAUGCCAGCCAGGAGGACCAGCGCAGCUGGAUGACUUACAUAAAAUGCGCCCGGAACGAACAGGAGCAGAACCUGGAGGUGGUGCAGAUCGGCAGCAGCAUCUUCUACAAGGCGGUUGAGACCAUCCCACCGGACCAGGAGCUUCUUGUCUGGUAUGGAAACACCCACAACACAUUCCUGGGAAUCCCUGGAGUUCCAGGAACAGAUGAGGAGCACCUGAAGAAAACCAGGAGUGAUGACCCCCACUCAUGUGACGGCUCCUCCUCGUGCUCCCCUCCCGCCCCCGCCACCACCGCGGGCCGGAUGCGCUGCGUCAUCUGCCACCGCGGCUUCAACUCCCGCAGCAACCUGCGCUCGCACAUGCGCAUCCACACCCUGGACAAACCCUUCGUCUGCCGCUUCUGCAACCGCCGCUUCAGCCAGUCCUCGACGCUCCGGAAUCACGUCCGGCUGCACACCGGCGAGCGGCCCUACAAGUGUCACGUGUGUCAGAGCGCGUACUCCCAGCUCGCGGGCCUCAGGGCGCACCAGAAGAGCGCGCGGCACAAACCGGUGGUGCACAACUCUGACGUGCAAUCCAAAGUGUCCCCUCCUCCCCCACAGAUGACGGCCAUGCCGCACCAGCAUCAGAUGCCCCUGGUGCACCACAUCCCCACCAUGGUGCUAUGAUGACAGACACGCGGAGGGAGGGUCACGCAGGACAACGUUGCACUUUAGAUUAGGGCUGUAGUGGAGAAAUUAUAAGACAGGCAUAAACUUUAAGGGAAUAAAUGAGCUGAUGUGACAGUAAAGCAUCUCACAAAGACUUAUGAAUAUGUUGCCUUAUUUGUAUUUGCUUGUUUGUUGGCUUUCAUGUGUUUAAAACUCCAGCAGAAAUGUGUUUUGAAGCUGAAAAACAACAAAUAUUUCCCAAAUAAGUUGAUAUUCUCUGUGGAAUCUUUAAACCAGCUGUCAUAUAUCACUAAAGAUAUUUUCAUUUUGACACUGUUUAUUAUUUCCAUCACAUCCUCACCAGCUCAGGCAAAAACAACAGUCAGUUUUGUACAGUAAGUCGGGAAAAAGGGACACCAGUGUACAUUGUUUCAGCUGCAUCCUUUCACACUGUAAACUGAAAAUUGUCACUUUAACCUUAAUGCACAGACUGUAUACUAUACUGUUGUGUAAUUGUAAAAUUGUAUUGUAUGCUACUGUACAUGUGAAUGUAAAUACAUUUGUGCUUUCUUCUAUUCUAAAUAAAUAUGAUAUG